CUUGCCAUACCACGUCUAAUUAAAACAGCAGUAACACUAAAGAGUAACGAUUGUUCCUCAAGCGUCACAACGGAUUCGCUUCUCCCUCCUCGCUUCUCGCAUUCCGUUACAUUCCAGUAAACUCAACACUCUGUAUUCAUGGCGACCAAAGUAUAUAUCGUAUACUAUUCCAUGUAUGGACAUGUUGAGAAGCUCGCUGAAGAGAUAAAAAAAGGAGCUGCGUCUGUUGAGGGAGUUGAGGCUGCACUUUGGCAGGUCCCAGAGACAUUGCCAGAUGAAGUGCUUGCGAAAAUGAGUGCACCUCCAAAAAGUGAUGUACCACACAUUACACCCGAUCAACUUGCUGAGGCUGAUGGGUUUAUUUUUGGCUUCCCCACGAGAUACGGAAUGAUGGCUGCCCAAUUUAAAGCAUUUCUUGAUGCAACUGGAGGGCUAUGGAGGACUCAGCAGCUUGCUGGAAAGCCUGCGGGGAUCUUCUAUAGCACAGGAUCCCAAGGAGGUGGACAAGAAACUACGGCCUUAACUGCCAUUACUCAGCUGGUUCAUCAUGGAAUGAUUUUUGUACCCAUUGGAUACACCUUUGGGGCUGGCAUGUUUGAAAUGGAGAAAGUGAAAGGCGGAAGUCCUUAUGGUGCUGGUACUUUUGCUGGUGAUGGUUCCAGACAGCCAUCGGAGCUCGAGUUGGAGCAGGCUUUCCACCAAGGCAAAUACAUUGCAGCAAUCACCAAGAAGCUCAAGAAAGCUGCUUAAUUUUCCAUUCAAUUUACGAUGUUUAUGCAUUUAAUUGUGGUAUAGUCUCAGUAUAUACUGUUUGUCUGCCUAUGCAAGAAUCUAAACUUUCUUUAUUGGAUACAAAUAAGAGUGAUUUCUCUUACAGUAAUAUGGUAUUGGUUUUCUAUUUC